AGUUCGCAGCGCUGAGGGAGCGCGGCCUCCUCCGGGCAGCUCAGGGGGGGCGGUGGCCGCUCUUGGGGUGUCCCCGCUCUGGGCUGGGCUGCAGGGGGUGGCGGGACGGUGGUCCCCGCUCCUCUUUGGCUUUUUUUUUCUUAAUUCGCCCUGUAGCCCCAGAGGCCGCGGCCUCCCCCCUGAAGCCUGAGCACCGCGCAGAGCUGGCAAACCUGAAAAUUAUCUCCGCCAGCCACCGCCGUCUGGUGAUUUGUCUGGCGACUUCUGCCGGCUGAAGGCUGGAGAUGCGUCUGGAGUCAGCUUUGAAGCGGACUUUCUCCUGGCGAGGGUGGACAAAGGCACAGAAAGGCGGUGUGGGUUGUUGUGGGUUUUUUUUAUCACCUGUGUGUCUUAAUUCAGGUGUUUUUCAGAUUGACUGGCAAAGUUGGGAGUGGAGCUUCCAAGGCAACAGCCUCUAUUCAAGGUGUAACUGCUGCUGAAGUAAAGAGUUAAAGGUCGGAUGACAACGAAAGCAAACGUUCCUGUUAUAGAUGUCCCUUAUGGGCAUGUGAUUGGAAAUGAGAAGUGGAGAGGAUCAGAGAUAGCCCAGAGGCUACAAGGGAAAAUUAGACUUAUCUUUGAAGAUGGCUUGGGACUUGUGGAUUUUCAUCUUUCAAACAGAACUUGCAUUUUAUAUAUUUCUGAAGCAGAUUUGGUUGCAGGGGAUGAAUUCAAACGAAAAUUGGUUCGGUUUAGAAACGCCAGCAGUCUCAGGGGAAUUGUAAUUGUAGAGAAAACCCCAAUAAGUGAUCAGUACUUCUUGGCAGUACAAAAGCUUGUUAUGCUAGAACUUGGAAUGGUGUUGCUUCAUGUGGCAAAUCAAGGAGAAGCUUCUCAACUUAUUACUCAGCUAGUCCGUGAACAAAGUAAGGAUCACAACAGCAACCCCUUUCUUCGUAAACAGCGUUCUCAGCUAGCAGAGCCAUCAGUGUUUCGGACAGUGCAACAAAUUCCAGGAGUUGGGAAAACGAAGGCUCUGCUUUUACUGCAACAGUUUGGAAGCAUCCACCGGCUUUGUAAUGCAUCCGUCAAUGAGCUUGAGCAAGUGGUUGGACAAACGGUAGCACAACAAAUACACAGUUUUUUAUGUUCCUGACAUGCAUGUGUAGUGCUGUUUUGGAAAACAAAGCCUUUUUUUGUUUGUGAAUUAUAACGUUUUUAAUAAUCACAUUAUGAUAAUUUCUAUAAUCCUGGGAACAACUGGGGGGUGUUGACUAAUUGUGUAAAUAUUUCUCUGCUGCUGCUUCUUUACAGCUGUUCUGCUCUUGUAGAUUGAGCUAUGAAAAUAGCCUUGCAAAGAGAGCUGUAAAGGGCUUUGCAUCUACCUUGUAUAAAAAACAGAGAGCUGUCUUUUUCAGCAUCCACAUUAAAAAAUGGAAAAACAAUUUGCUUGCUUCCUUUUGUCUUCCAGAAAUGUUAAUGUGGGUGGUUUUAUCUUCUCAGUAAUUGGAAAUGUGAGUUACCAUGCUUUAAAAAAGUUAGCAUACAUUGCUUUGAAGUAGUAUCUUUGAUUUAUAAUUUAAUUCCUUUUGAAAGUCCAACUGGAAUAACACAUCCUUGAUUUUACAUUAAUUUCUUUCUCUGGGUCCUUUUUCUCUUCACUGAGUGUUAUCACAUUCUUUUGUGUGCAAUAUCCAAAAUCUUGCUUAAUUCAUGUUGUGCUUUUGAAUAGCUUGGGAUAAUAAUAAAUUACCAUCUGUUUUAAUGAUAUAAUUAUCUAUUACGUAUAAAUUAUAAAUAAUACUACAUUGUUAAAUUAUAAUGCACUACAAAGAAAUAUGGCAAGCUUUGCUCAAAAAUAAUAGGUAAUCCUGUAAUUCCAGUAUUAAUAUUUUCAAAAGUUAUUUGUAAAGAGGAGGAAGGAUCUUCCUGAUAUCUUGCAUUUUAUUUUAAAUUGUAUUCUUACCAUGUUUAGUAAGCAUAAAGUUGUCUUUUGUCUUAUGUACCCAAUUAAGGAGGUGUAUGAAAAGCUUAUUUCAUACUACUUGGGUUUUGGAUCACAGCAGGAAGGCAGCUGAGCAGGAUUUUAAGCCUCCUCUUUUAAAUUAGAGAUGAGAAUAAUGGCCCCUUGGCACCUCUGUAAGUAACCUCAUCCACUGGUUAGAGGGGCAGCAGAUACACCUGUUAUUUAUACUGAUCCUUACUUGGGAUGAAAAUAUAGUUUAGGCAUAACUAUUUAAUUGACUAAAUUCUAUCAAUUUACGGAAUAAGAUACUAUUUCUUACAAUUAGCGAAUGAUUAAGCUUCUUUAGAAAUCUGUCUGUUUAGAUUUUUUUCCCUCAGACUUUCUUGCUUUGCGAUGGUGACUGAAUUUCACAUAUCAAGGUAAGUGGCUAUUGAUGUUGCAAGGCAAACAUGUUUUUACUACUUCAACUGUCCAUCCGCUCAGCGCAUUAAAUAAAGUUCAACUGAA